GGGGUUUCGGUCGGUCGCCCGGGCUACCGGGAGGCGGAGCCGCCGUGGCUGCUGUAGCCCGGAUGUCCGAGCGCAGCUGUCUGGUCCACUGAUCCCCGAGCUAGUUGAGGCAAACCUACCAGCCGCCAAUGGCUGUCGAUAUUCAACCAGCAUGCCUUGGACUUUAUUGUGGGAAGACCCUAUUAUUUAAAAAUGGCUCAACUGAAAUAUAUGGAGAAUGUGGGGUGUGCCCAAGAGGACAGAGAACAAAUGCACAGAAAUAUUGUCAGCCUUGCACAGAAUCUCCACAACUUUAUGACUGGCUUUAUCUUGGAUUUAUGGCCAUGCUUCCUCUUGUUUUACAUUGGUUCUUCAUCGAAUGGUACUCUGGGAAAAAGAGCUCCAGUGCACUCUUCCAGCAUGUCACUGCAUUAUUUGAAUGCAGCAUGGCCGCGCUCAUCACCUUACUUGUGAGUGAUCCUGUUGGUGUUCUUUAUAUCCGUUCGUGCCGAGUGUUGAUGCUUUCUGAUUGGUACACGAUGCUUUACAACCCAAGUCCAGACUACGUUACUACAGUGCACUGUACUCAUGAAGCUGUCUACCCGCUGUACACCAUUGUAUUUAUCUAUUAUGCAUUCUGUUUGGUGUUAAUGAUGCUGCUCCGACCUCUUCUGGUGAAGAAGAUUGCAUGUGGGUUAGGGAAAUCUGAUCGAUUUAAAAGUAUUUAUGCUGCACUAUAUUUCUUCCCAAUUUUAACUGUGCUUCAGGCAGUUGGUGGAGGCCUUCUUUAUUAUGCCUUCCCAUAUAUUAUAUUAGUGUUAUCUUUGUUCACUCUGGCUGUGUACAUGUCGGCUUCUGAAAUAGAGAACUGCUAUGAUCUUCUGGUCAGGAAGAAAAGACUAAUUGUUCUCUUCAGCCACUGGUUACUUCAUGCCUAUGGGAUAAUAUCCAUUUCCAGAGUUGAUAAACUUGAGCAAGAUCUACCCCUUUUGGCUUUGGUGCCUACACCAGCCCUUUUUUACUUGUUCACUGCAAAAUUUACGGAACCUUCACGGAUACUCUCAGAAGGAGCUAAUGGACACUGAAUGUAAAAAUGCCAAAAAAAAAAAAGUGUUCUUAAUAAAGAGUAAAGAAAUUUAAUAAAAUGUAUUAAAACUAUUCUGUCACAUAUGGGAACAAGACUGUCAGUCUAAGUGUUUGUUUUUUUGGUUUGGUUUUGAUUUUGACUUAACAGACUUUAUGGUUAGACAUGGAAAAUACAAAAUACCAUAAUAUUCUGUUGCAUAGUAUAAUACUAUCUACUACAUUAAAAACCUAAACUAAACUUCUAAGGGAGUUUUAGCUGUUCUUUAGAGCAUAAUCAUGUUUCUGUGUACCUAGCAAUUGUCCAUUCCCUUUUUAUUAAGAAAAACUUUUAACAAGUAUAAUCAGAAAUCCCUAGCAGUGACAUAAUUGUGCAUGCCUGUUGUGUUUCAGUCUUUUUUUUCACCUAUAAUGAACUACAAAGACAAACAUAUUUGUGGGGUCUGAUAGCAAAUGUGGAAAUAAAGUAUUGUUUUUUUGUUAUCUAUUUAUUUUCACCAAUACAGUAUUUUGAUAAUACAAAAAUAGAGUGUAAUUUAUAAAACAGGGUUUCUGUUUAUAAUUUGGUUGAAGACAUGUUCAGAUUAUUGUUCCUGUAAAGAAAAUAAUAAAAACUUAACUACAAAAAACUCAAAUGUUCUAAGAUUUUUUUUUGCCACACUAAUUAUAGAAAUAAUUUAAAAUGUUAUGUAGUAAAUUCAGUGUUCCUUCCCAAAUGAAUAAGUACCUAUAGUCACAUAUUUCCUUUCUUAUAUCUUACUAUCUUAUAUCUUUAUCUUCCUAUAUGUAACACACAUACAUACACUGUUUUUUGUUGAUCCUGAAACACUUCUCACAUUGUGACAUUUCUGAAUUAGGAUACAUCUUAUAACUGACAGCUUCUCAGAUUUAAUUAAACCCAGAAUGUAAACAAUUUUUCUGUGUUUGGUUUUUGAUAGGUAUACUGUGAUGUUUAUCCUCUUGAAGUCUUGGAGAGACUCAUGGUCUCGGCCACAG